AUGGAUCGCAUCAUCCGCCCUGUUGCUCGCCAAUUAUUGCGAUCCCGACCGAGAUAUCCCUUUUCGAUUCCUCCUACUGCUCACGCACAGAGACUAUACAGCAUGAAACACAGCGCUCCGCAGUUGAAAGACCAGUCGCUAUUCAUUGAGCAGGCCUACAUUAACGGCGAGUGGGUCGACGCGAAGUCCGGCAAAACAUUCGAAGUCCACGAUCCGGCUACUGGCAAACUGAUCGGAACAUGCCCCGAACUUGAUACAUCCGAUGUCGAGAAGGCGAUCCAGGCUGCCUCAGAGGCCUUCCCCAAAUUCCGCACAACCCUUGGCCGCGAGCGCUCGCGCAUGCUACGCCGGUGGUACGACUUGAUGAUCGAGAACGCGGAUGAUCUAGCUAAGCUGAUUACAUGGGAGAAUGGAAAGCCCUUCGCUGAUGCAAAGGGCGAGGUCAACUAUGCCGCCAGCUUCUUCGAGUGGUUCAGUGAGGAGGCACCCCGCACAUAUGGUGACACAAUCCCCGCCAGCGUCCCGGGAAACCGGGUUAUGACUCUUAAGGAGCCUGUUGGUGUGUGCGGUUUGAUUACGCCAUGGAACUUCCCCGCGGCGAUGAUCACGCGCAAGAUUGGCCCUGCCCUGGCGGCGGGCUGCACAGUCGUGGCCAAGUCUCCGCAGGAGACGCCCUUCACAGCGAACGCGAUUGCUGAGCUUGCGCGUCGGGCUGGAAUCCCUAAGGGCGUUGUUAACAUUGUUACCUCCUCGAAGAACACCCCUGCAAUAGGCGAGCUCAUUACCACCCACCCCGAGGUGCGUAAAGUGUCAUUCACCGGCUCAACUAACGUCGGUCGCAUCCUUAUGAAGCAGUCUGCGUCGACACUCAAGAAGGUCUCCUGGGAACUCGGCGGUAACGCGCCAUUCAUUGUUUUCGAUGAUGUCGAGGAUCUUGACGCUGCCGUGACCGGUGCUAUCAACUCCAAGUUCCGCAGCUCUGGCCAGACUUGCGUGUGCGCCAACCGGAUCUAUGUCCAGGAAGGCGUGUAUGAGGAGUUUGCCAAGCGCUUUGUCCAGAAGGUUAAGGACUUCAAGCUCGGUGGUGGUUUCGAGGCUGGCAUUACCCACGGACCUGUCAUUCACGAACGCGCUGCCAACAAGGCCCACGAGCAUGUGCAGGAUGCUACGUCCAAGGGUGCCGAGAUUGUCAUCGGUGGCCAGCGGGCUACUGCGCUCGGACCUAACUUCUACCACCCCACUGUUCUUACCGGCAUGAGCAAGGAUAUGCUUCUCGCUUCUGAGGAGACUUUCGGCCCCGUGGCUGGUCUUUUCUCCUUCAAGACCGAAAAGGAGGUUGUUGACCUUGCUAACCAUGCUGAGGUCGGUCUUGCUGGUUACUUCUUCAGUGGUAAUGUUCGUCGCAUCUUCCGUGUUGCUGAGGCCCUGGAAGUCGGCAUGGUUGGUGUCAACACUGGUUUGAUUAGUGAUGUUGCCUCUCCAUUCGGUGGUGUCAAGCAGAGUGGCUUCGGCCGUGAGGGCAGCAAGUAUGGUAUUGAUGAGUUCAUGACUAUCAAGAGCAUCACUUUUGGUGGCAUGGGUGCACCUCUGCAGGAGUAA